UGCACAUACAUACAUACAUACGUAUACAUAUAUACGUAAUCCAUAUACGCAGCCGGGCGGCGGACUGUUUUGCUCAAUCCUUCACGUCGCGCGCGCACUCCGUGCGCUACGCGCGGAGCAUUUAGAUCGUCGUCACCGUGUUCGUGCUCUCCCACCGCGCCGCCGAGUACGGCCCACCGAGGAAGAGUGACCCGUGCCCACACCGUCGUCACGACACGGAAAACUCUCCCGCAACACUUGGACGUCGAUAUACAUCGAGCCCGCCCGUGUCCCGCCCUGGACACGCCGAUUCGCCCGAUUCGCCCGCCACACGACGGGUUAUGUUUCCUACCUUCAUCGGGAUCCUAGACAUUCAAUCGUGGUGGGAGGUGCCAAGUAUAGCACACUUUUGCUCAUUAUUUAGAGCUGCCUUCAAUCUUCUGGAUUUUGAUAUUGAGGAUUUGGAAGAAGCCCUAUUAACAGACGGAGGUACUGAAGGACGACUGCUUCAGGAACUGAUAGUAAAGUUACUGGAGGGUUGCUUGCCAAAUGACACCCGCAAUGACAUCUCCACCUUUAAUUAUCAGAUGUUUCUACGCAGACUUUUUCGGAAAAAAUGUCAAGAAUACAAGUGUGAGAAUCCUUUUAAUACAGACGUAGACUUUGAAUUACUACCACUUCGUCAAAAAGUAGAAAUACUACGUGCACUCUGUGACUUCAGGCUCGACGCCGAAGACGUAGAGCAGUCAUUGAGCAACUUGGACUCGGAUAGUCUGCGAGUCGAACCUUUGGGACAUGAUCGUAAGAAUUCUGCCUAUUGGUACUUCUACGGCACUCGACUGUACCGGGAGGAUUACAUUGAUACUUCUGAUAGUGCCUCACACAAGCAGAAAAGUAAGCCAAAGGAUAAAAAGCGUAAAAAACGACGGAACAGAGUGGCGAAGGAGGAACAGGAAGAGGAAGAGAAGGAGGAAGCUGGUUUAAUAAACAGCGAGGGACGAGAGAGUGUUUGGCAAGUUGUGUGUUUCACCCAACAAGAUUGGAGCAGAUUAGUUGAAAAAUUUCGUGAUUCGGAAUACGAUACCGAACGUAAACUUUAUCGUACAUUAUCCGAAGACUUUAUGCCAGAAAUACCGAAAUUGUUCGAUCUGAAAGAGAAGCAGCAACGGCGUAAGCUAUUACAACGUAAUAGCUCGCGAGUGCUUCGCAGUCAGGAACCUGCUACUCAGAUGGAUGCAGUCAUGGUCAGAUCCAAGAUCAAGACUAAAACGACCAAAGGGACUAAAAAAGGGACGCAAGCUUCAAAAUCUGCUUACAUUAAGGAGGAGACUACUCCACCGUUACCAACUCCGCCGGUCCAGAAAAAGGGGCGGCAAACAAACAAUUCUUUAGCUUCCGCUGUCGGCCAGAUUGUAAUUCACACGAGGGACGAGGUAGAAGAUCUGGAAAAAAAGAAGGGUAUCGGUAAUCAUGAUGGUAAUUACGUAUCUUGUAAUUAUGGCUACAAAUAUGGCUAUUCCUUCGGUAUUGAAGAGGAAGAACGUUGUGUUGGCAUGCACAAAGUUCUUGAAAGUGUUAAGGAUCAUGUUGAUGCUUGGCCAUUUAUUGAUCCUGUGGACGAAGAGUAUGCACCGAGAUACUAUAGUGUGGUGCGAAGACCAAUGGAUCUCAGCACUAUGGAAGAGAAAUUGGAAGGCGGCUCUUAUAAAAGUUUAAGUCAGUUUAAACGUGAUUUUCGACUUAUCGUUGACAAUUGUAGACAGUACAAUGGCUCAGAUAACGAAUACACGGAAAUGGCGAUUAAUCUUAAAGAAGCUUUUGAUAAAGCCGUGAGUCGAUAUUUGGAGUCAGAAACAUCCAGUGACGAAGGUCCUGCAUCUCCUCGGUCACUAGCGGGAUCGCCUACAUCUUUAUUGUAUCCUUCACGUCAUUUAUCUUCUUCACACCAUAAUGCACGUAAACGUUCGAAGAAAUCGACCAAAAAAUCUAAAUCAUAUAAACCUGAGGGUAAAGCAAAAUCCAAGAAUAACGAAAAAGUAGAUGAAGAUGAAAAAAGGAACAAAAGUAUUAAAGUUGCAAAGAAGAAAAGAGGGAAGAAAAAAGGCAAAAAGAUAAAAGAAGAAGAAUCGGAUGAAGAUGAAGAGGAACAGGAGGACCAAGAAAGUGAAGAUGCAAUAUCUAGUAUUAACACUAGUAUUGUAGCGUCAAAGAGAAGAAAAAACGUCGAUGUAAAUAGUUUACUUAAAACCAAAAAGCUAUCUAAGGAACCGGGAGAAUUAAAAACAUUAAAUAAAAAAGCAAGUAAGGAGCGACAUCAACCAAAAAAGGACACAGAAAUUGUACGAUCUGCCAAAGAAACGAAAGAGAACAAGAAACGGAAGGAAGACUUCGAGGAAGAUUACGAACCUCCGGUAAUUGCGAAAAGUAAAAGUAGAAAAAUAGAAAAGAAAGAGCUUGAAGAAACUGGAAUAUUGACAGACAACGCGAAAAAAAGCAAACUAAAAAAAAUAGAAGUGGAAGAAAAUGACGCAAUAUUCGAGGAGGAAAAAAAACAAUCUUCUCAUGUCAAAACGAAAAAAAAUCGUAAAAAGGAAAAGUCGAAUUUAAAGACUAUAACAAAGGCUGAUGAAAAAUCCGAUAAGAAUCAUAUAAAACAAAAAAAUAAGAAAUCAAAACAAAAGAAUGACGAAUUAAAGAAUGGCGAAUUAAAAAGUCAAACAGAUUCCAAAGAUGUAGAAUUAGAAAGUGCUUUAGACUCCAAGCAUACUCACAUUUCCAAGAAGCUCUCUACGUUUAUUGGUAAUAAAGACGUAGACUCACUUGAUAGUUUAAAAGAUAAGAUAAGCGAUAGAAGACGGGAGGAAAAAUUGAAGAAUGAGAAAGAAAAACAGAGGAAAGCGGUGAAAAGUGACACUCAUAGUGUCUAUUCAAAAAAAGUGCCUUCAAACAGUAGUACUUUCCACGAUAAUGACAAAGACAGUGCGAAGCGAUCGAAAUCGAAGAAAAGUACGAAGGAAGAUAAAAUUAUGGACGAUGUGAUUAAGAAACAUGAUUCGGAAGUCAGUGAAAAUAAGAAGAUUACUCACGCUAAGCAUACCAAAGGAUUGGGAGCGGAAGAAAAUGCUACAAUUCAAGCAUUAAAUCAAGCAACGGAGAAAACACUUCAUGACAUUAAUAAAUGGCUUGACGAUACGCCCAGGCUUUCGGAAUUCUCCUCCGGCAGUGACUCGCCGGUGCUUCAUACUCCCAUCGAAUCCAGUCGUUCAGGAUCGACGAAGGUAGAAGCUACAAGAAAGAGACCGAAUUCCAUCAAGAUGUUCGGUCCUCAUGGACCGAAUCGACCAAAGAAGAUACAACGUACAAUCGAUCGUUUGCAACCUGGUAAAAGCAAAGGAAAUUUACUUCUGAAGAAACCACUUAAUGUGACCAACACUAACGCCAAUGAUACUACGACAUACCCUACCAGUGAUAACGAUCAGUCGAAUAAGGAUAAUGAUGAAGAGCCAAAACUCAGUUUAGGCACCGUAUUAAAAAAUGUGGAUUCUAUCCAAUUGAUCUGCAAAAGCUUGGUAUCGUCACCCAACCCCAAUUUUUCGAACGACGACGAAGAGGAGGACCAUUCUCUUACCACAGCUCAAACAUCUAAUGUUAAGGAGGAAAAAACUAGUAUUAAGGAAAUUACGAAGACAACAGGAAGUACAGCGGAGGAAAAGGAUGCAGCUCGUUCUGGUGCAGAAGAAACACAAAAACCGAAAUCUGCCACACCAAAUUUGAGUGCCUGGUUCAAAGCCUUUGGAGCGCCAAAAUCAAAAAAGAAAGAUGAGGAAACGGAAGAGGCGACAAUGAUGAAGAAGGACAGUGAUUCGCAGGAGGCAUUUUGCGGUAGACAACGACGUCUGAGCACUGGCGGUAGCAGUGUCAGUGAAUCAGUAUCUAGUUUCUCUCAGGAAUCGCCACCGGCACCACGUGCAGCUCAUUCUCCACAGUGUCAGCCUGUGAUAACUCCUACCGAGCCGAUUAGAGGCGCGGGAUUUUAUCAAGAUGCAUUAUCGACUGGGAGCAGCCCUUACAAUAGUCCCUAUUAUGCGACGCCGCCGAGAUACAGCGCGCAAUUACCGCCCACGCCAUCACCGCAGAACCAUCCACUAUCCCCGGCUUAUCCAUCGUCUUACGACCAACCACCCGCUUAUCCACCGGUACAUGCGCAACCGCCGUACCAGUCGCCGUACCAGAAAUCCUCGCCUCAAGAAAGCACCAACGAGGCGUAUCCGCAAGUGUCACCACAACGCUUCCCGCAACAGUUACCCGCCAGCAAUCAAAAUCAAUCACCCGUUUAUCCCCAACACUCUCCGCAAGCGAUGCAGCCGGUUUAUCAUCCUCAACCGUCGCCUCAGACACCACCGUCGAAUUAUUCGCAACCUUCGCCGCAACAACCAUCCACUCCGAACUACUCGCAACCAUCGCCGCAACAAAACGCGGUCACUAAUUAUUCUCAGCCUUCUCCGCAGGCAGUUACCAAUUAUCCGCAAGCUUCUCCACAGCAGCACUCCCCCUAUUCGCAGUCCUCUCCUCAAACGCCACCGAAUUACUCACAACCGUCUCCGCAGCAGCACUCUCCGUAUCCACAGUCCUCGCCUCAGCAGCCCGCUGGGUACGGUCGAUUGUCGCCGCAACCACCACCUGCGAAUUACUCUCAGCCUUCGCCUCAGCCACCCAACGCGUACGCGCAACCAACUCCUCAGCCGCCGAGUUUCCCUCCUCAGUCAUCGCCGCAAACGCAUCCGGCCAACUAUUCGCAACCGUCACCUCAACCUCCGAAUUCGUACCCAACUCCGCAACAUGAUCGAAGUUACUCGCAAUCUUCGCAGAUUCAAACCUUCCCUCAACACUCACCGCAAGCACCAUCUUCGUUCUCCGAACAAUCGUCACAAAAUAGCCCAUACUCCCAGUCAUCACCGCAAUCAUUGACCAAUUAUCCGCAGUCAUCUCCCCAACAACCGGCAACGUAUUCACAUCCAUUACAUUCACCGCAAACAUCAUCGAAUUACCCACAGUUGUCGCCUCAGCAAACAACCGGGACAGCGACAGCGGCAGCAGGGACAGCGAUAAACUAUUCGCAACCAUCGCCUCAACAAUCACGUAAUUACCCGCAAUCGUCGCCUCAGCAGAAGCCUACUUGCAAUCCCGUACAACCAUCGCAACAAUCGCCCGGUUACCCACAAUCUUCUCCGCAACAGGCCACUAAUUAUUCUCAGCUUCAAUCAUCGAAAAAUUCGGAGGAGUAUCCUGCUCAGGCUACGGCGCAGUCUGCAACUUAUCCCCAAGACUUUAAGCAAAAUCCCCCGUACAUUCAACAGUCACCUACAAUAUCGUCGUCUGUGAAUGAAUCUGAACAUCGGACAGAAUAUCUGAAGUCUAACGCUUCCGAGAAACCUGCUACGAGCGAUCAACAGAGGAAUUUCCCUGUUCAAUCGGAAUCGUUGAAUCUGAAUGCGAAUCAUCAGAUUUAUCAAUCGCCAAGUCAGUAUCCAUCGACGUACCCGAAUAGUUUUCCCAACGUCGAACUUCAGAGGUCCACUUCGAGACACAGCGGUCAGUCUCAGCAACAACAACAGCAGCAGCAGCAGCAGCAGCAGCAGCAAUCGGCACCGCAGGAAUCGCGAACCAACUUCACCGAAAUCCAACCGCGUGGCUUCCUCAGCAAAGCGUCGUCGGGCAGCAGUGAACAAUUACCCGCGCCUGCACCGGAUCAGACGCAGUUGUUAUCAUUUCAGCAGAACUUGACAGCUCACGAAUCGCUGUAUCCAAGUGGCUUCCAGCCGUCCGGCUAUUCGCUACCGCCACCGCCAUCGAAUUCGAGGCCGGUGUAUCCUAGUCCGCAUUAUUUCGAUGCCGGUUCCAAAUCCACCGGUGGUGGCAGCGGCGGCGGUGGCAGCGGCAGUGGCAGUGGAGCCGCGUCCGGUAGCCCGAACAGCAAUCCUCCUCCGAUGAAGAAACGUGCGUAUGAGCCGCCUUCCAACGGCGAAUCCAGCACGCGCGGUCUACCGCAGGAGAGCGCGAUGACGCGUCCGAGCCAGGAGCAAUUUCCGAGUUUCGAGCCGAUGAUGAUCCCGCAACCAGAAGCCGUACCGGUCAAUCAGUUCGACGGCACGCCGUUCGUCGGUGGUCUGGCCGACUCGAUGGCGACCAAUUCGGCGUACGCGCGACUCAGCCUCGGAGCACUAGUGAGUCGAGCACCGAGUAAAGAACAACAGCAACUAUUGACGAUCCCACGUCCACCGCCUGGGACGAAAUCGGAGCACCUGUCCGCUUAUGGUCGUGGCGCUGCGUCCGGCGAGCUCGAUCAGCUUAAUUUGCUGCAGACUUUGCAAAGCGCAGCGAAGAACAGCCAGAGUAUUCUCACGAUAUCGCGACGAGCCGGCGAGAGCGACGUGCGGACGACAUCCACCGCGAUACCGGCCGCCAUGGGGCAGUCCAAGACGAAGAGAAGUCGGAAGAGCAAGCAUCCGCAGCAGCAGGACGCUCAACCGAGCGCAGCCAUCACGGCGACGGCCGUAACGACUACCGUCGUCACGGCCGGCACCGAUCAACAGCAGACAGCGGGAAUGCCCGCGUUUCCGCAGUACGCGGCCGCGUCCGCCGCGACCGCGGCCGAAUCCAUCGGUGCGUUGAAGACGGUCCCACCGGGUAGCGCCUUCAACUUCGCCGCCUCUAGCAGCGGUGCGAGCACCGGCCACGCGCCGCCUUUCCCCUACGACAAGGACGCCACCGCCGCGGCCGCGUUCGCCUUCCUGACGGAUGAGUUCCGCAACUCUACCAGCUACUACAUGAGCCUGCGGCAGCAGCAGCAACAGCAACAGCAGCAGCAGCAGCAACAACAACAGCAACAGCAGCCGGUGGGAGCGCCGACAGUGAGCAACGCUUCGGGCCAACCGACUGCCUGCAACAAACUCGGCAAUCAACCACCGCCCAGGAACUAUCCGCCUCAUCCGUUGUUCCACUCGCCCGCCGCCGUCGCCGCCGCCCAGAGAUCGGCGGCAGCUGCGGCUUAUGUGCCGCCGAUGUCCGCCUACGUGACGCCUCACGGGCCCAACCUCACAGUGGACCCGGCCUAUCAACAGUACCUCCACUCGCUCUACGCUCUUCAGCCACCGCAUCAUCACCGACCGUCCUGGAUUUAGCCACUAAGAUCACUGCAAGAUCGAUCCGUGAUUCGAUGAUGACAGAUUAGUCUUCUGACGGACCUAGAAACGUACCGCGACGGAGGGGGAGCGAGUCUAAAGGACUAGUCGCAUCGUCAAAUGUCAAUCGAAAGUCUCUUGGCGAGCGCGCGAGAGAGCAGCAUGCCCUUUCUGCCUCAUUUUUGUUCUUUUUUUUUUUUUUUUUUUUUCCCCAAUUCAACAAAGGACAUCCUCCUCGCGACUUGUCUUUUUUUUAUUGAUUUUUACGCAACUGACCGUAACGCCGAAACCUGCGAGGCUUCCUCUCCACGGAAUUAGGUAAAUGACACCGUUCGUAGAUUUCUUUGACCGCAGCUUCCUUUUUACGAGCAACCGUCGCAAAACCGUUUGACCACUUUUUACACUGUUUGUCGAAAAGCGGAGAAGCCUAGCUUCUACAUGUACAUAAGGGACAAGUCUACUUUCGAUAUAUAGGAAUUUUUGAUAGUUUUCUAAAACAAGAUUAACCGGCAGAUACAAUAGCUCUAAGGUCGUUAGCGCCGAGGAUGGAUCGAUCGCGUGUCUCUAUCGGAAGUUCCUCUGUGUGCGUCAUCGGAUGAAAUACGUAUUCGCGAUGAAAUUACGCACAUGGAAUGCAUCAUACAUCUGCACGUAAUAUGUAUGUUUAAAUAUGUAUAAUGAUGUACGCAGGAAAUUACUCGCGAGUGCAUUUUGUCCGACAUUAUCUCUUGUGUCGACAAGAGCACGCGCGAGCGGAUUAAUAUGUACAUGUGCGUGCGUGCGUGCGUGCGUGCGUGCGUGCGUGCGUGCGUGCGUGCGUGCGUGCGUGCG